AUGUCGGAGCAACCUUCUAUCCCCGUCCUCCCAUACCAGCCCGAGGACAUGGCGGCGGCAAUCAGACUGUUCAGAACCAAGCGCAUCCCUACCUAUGAGCCCGGCGAGGAUGACCACGAGCGGUACAUUGCCACCGCUAAUUUACUAUACCGCUUCUCCCUCCCGCCCUGUGUUGUCCAGCCCAAGUGCGCCUGCGACGUGCGUGAUGUCGUCAAGAUCGCCAAGGCAAGGAACAUCCCCAUCACCAUUAAGAACGGAGGACACUCCUUUGCUGGAGGGUCCACUGCCCAAGUCGGGAUUCUCAUGGAGCUCGGCUUGAUGAACCAAGUGUCAAUCGCAACGGACGAAAAGACCGGCGAGAAGACAGCCACGAUCAAGGGUGGCGCUCUCUGGUUCCAUGUGUACAAGAAGCUCAUUAGCGAGCGCCUCGAUGGCCUCGUGGUCAACGGCGGGCGUUGUCCGUCUGUCGGUGUUAGCGGUUUCAUACUUGGCGGCGGCUUGGCGCCGUUCACCAGAAGCUUCGGGAUGGGCUGUGACACCGUCAAGGAGCUUAGCAUCGUCACGGCUGCGGGCGACGAGGUUACCGUCACCAGGAACGACUCCGACCCGAACAAGCGCGCGCUCUUCUGGGCACUUCGGGGCGCCGGCGGUGGCAACUUCGGCGUGGUGACCGAGAUGAAGCUUGAGCUUAAGAAGCUGCAGAGUCACUGGGUCAUGGCCGGCAAGUUUACCUGGUACGUCAAGAAGGAGAACAUGGAUGCGUUCAUGAUCACCAUGAAGUCAUUCUACUCCAAGAACUGGCCCAAUGCUAUGACCAUUGAUAGCACUUGGCUCUGCGAGACUAGUAAAACGGACACUGAAGUGGGUGUUCGUUUCAUCGUGUACUUCAAUGGCAGGAAGAAAGAGUACGAAGAGGUCAUUGAUGGAUGGGAACUACCAAAAGGGGACCUGGAGACCCUCACUGAAGCUCGACGGGAGAACGCUUUAACUCAGCACGACUAUCUCAAGACGCAGCUCAAGCAACGAUCUCUAGAAGAGGUCUCGACGCGAUUCCUCCACGAGACACUUGCCGCGCAGUGGAUCGAAGAGACCAAGAAGGCAUUCCCCACCAACAAGACCUACCAACUUCACACCUCCUUUGUCUUCAAGAACAACGCAGAGAUAUUUGGCAAGAUCACAAACAUCCUCCGCAAAGAGAUGCAGACUUUCCGUGAGAAGUUCGGCAGCGAGAAGGACAACGUCUUCCAGGCCACCUUUAUCCACUCUGGCGGCGAGGCCAACGCUCGCUCGCGCAAGGAUAGCGCAUUCCGCUGGAGGGGGAGCACCUACAAUGCAUAUAUCAACCUGGAGUUCACCGACAAGUGGCUCGAGUACGACAUGCGAGCCGUCCUGGACGUGGUGAAGCCGCAGCUUCGACCGUAUGGCAUGGUUCCCGGCGCAACGUACGUCAACUUCCCCGACGACAAGCUCAUACAGCACGAGAUGGCCUACUGGGGAAACAACAUUUGGGAGCUCCGCCGCGUGAAGCAGAUCUGGGAUCAGGAUGGCUACUUUAGCUGGGCGCAGGGCAUUUCUGUACCAAAGGCAAAGGUGGACAACGGGGCUCAACAAGAGGCGAGUGAGAAGCUGUUGGAGAAGGAGGGCCAGGACUUUGUCAAGGAUGAAAUGGACGCGGAUGAGUUCAUCGAGCCGGAGGUGAACUCGACGGAUAGUAUUGCUCGGCAGCAGUGGGAGACAUACCAACUUUUGGCGCCUGUUGAGGCGUAUGGCAGUAGCAUUCUGCCUGCUUUGGUUGCUUCUCAAUAG